AUGGCAAGACAGGCACAGGCACAAAAUAGAGCAGAAAAUGGAGAUUGUAGGAUAUCAGUCUACACAAUAGAAAGAGGAGCACAAAGACAAACAGUCAUUAACUAUGCAUCUAAUUCAUCGCCCAAUUCGAAAGAUGAUCUUCCCCCUGCAUAUAGCGAAGCAAUUAAAAUGUCCUUAUUGACUCCUCAACCAAUACAAAAUCCAACUAUCUCGUCGCUGGAAAAUACUCUCCCGAGAAGAAACAGUUCAACGAUCUAA